UAAAUAUUUACACCUACUAGUUUUGUUUAUAAUAUUAUACACAGCACACACACGUACACUAUAUAUAUUUUUGUAACAAUGUGUAUAAGGGCCCGUUUAGUAUACGGUCCCCGAAAGGAUUUCACCAUACCACCUACAGUAAUAUCCAAAGCAAAAAUGCAUGAUUAAGCAUAGUUGCAUUGUAAAUGUACUUCUGAUCUUGCCAAAAUAUCAGUUCAACAAUGACUUUCUGGAAUAACAGAGUAGCUUAAGAUCAUAAUUUAUCAGUACCAAUCGUGAUGUUCAAUUUUAUGAAAAAAAGUUCUGGUUCCCACAAUGUGGUGAAUAAUGGGACCAGUUCUGGAUAUGGGUCACAGGGUUCAGCCAAUAACCAAACUGAAGAAAAAGAACAAAGGAAAAAAAUGAAAAAAAUGCGUAAAGAAAAGGAAAAAAAAGAAAAAGGCAGUUUUAGUAUGUCCUCCGAUGAUUUGUUAAGAUUAGAUGAGGUGAGAAAAUCAUUAAAACUACGUACAAGGCGUAAAGAAAAACAAAAGUUGCCUAGUGGAAUUACUGCAGAUUAUAGUGCCAAUUUUUUUGCUCCAUUAAAUCGUGAUGAGACUGACGAAUCAGUUCAAACCCCCCCUCUUCCACCUCGUAGAGGUAUUCUUAAACCUCCCCCAAUUUUAGAACAUGGACCAUUACAAGAUCUUGACUCAGAUUCUCUUCUACAAACUAAUACAUUAAAAAAUGAAUUAAUUGUGUAUGAAAACGUUCCAAGAGUAUCAAGUAUUGAUAGUCUUACUGACUCAACAACAAAUAGCAGUUUUGCUACACCGUUUAACCUUAGUCCAUCUGGCAAUGAUUAUUUAACUGAUGAGUUUGAUGAAAAUUUAAAACUUCCAUUUGUUCCAAUUGUGAAAGUAGAGCCUCGAAUAUUGACUAUUAAUAGAAGAGCAGGACCUGGUAGUGAUUUUGGAUUUUCAUUAAGACGUGGUCUUGUAUCAGAAAAUACAGCUAAAAGCUUGAAACCAGUGAUUUUUGCUGAGCCAGGACAAGAUAAAACACAUUACACUGGACUUCUUCCUGGAGAUAAAUUAAUAGAAGUAAAUGGCAGUCCUGUUUCUGAUAAAAAUAGAGAUGAAAUUAUUGAUAUGAUCAAGUCAUCAGAAACAAGUGUAACUGUUAAGGUGGAGCCAGCUUUGGAGCUUUAUGAAUUAAGUCAAACAUAUUUAAGGAGUCAAUCUGGAAAUGCUUUUGUUUCUAAGUCAGAACCAGAAUUAAACGAUUCGCCAUCCGAAUUAAAUUCACCCGAUACCGAUGCAUAUUGGUUAGUCCAUAAUGAAGGAUUUUCGCCUGUAGAAUACACAAGGAAAAAAAGCUCAGACGGUUCAUCAAAAGUAUUAGUCAAGGUUUUUGGGGGUAAAGAAUAUAGCGUGGAUGAAGAAAGCUUAGAAAAGAUGAAUUCAGUAAAAUUGCAGUUGACUGAAGAUUUAUCACAGUUAAAUUAUUUAAAUGAGUCUAGUAUUUUAAAUGUAGUACGUAGCAGAUAUACUUCAAAUCUUAUUCAUACAUAUGCUGGACCUACAAUGUUAGUAGUUAAUCCUGGAUCUCCAUUAAAUUUAUACACUGAUAAGGUUAUGCAUAUGAUUAAAAAUCUUCAUAAGAUCAAUAAACAACCACCUCCUCAUGUUUAUGCUAUGGCGCAGUCUGUAUACAUGGCAGCUGUAACUACACGUCGUGAUCAAUCUUUAAUUCCCAUGGGAUGUCAAGCAAGCGGAAAAUCAACUUCAUGUAAACACCUAUUACAAUACCUUGUACAAACUGCAGUAUCUCCUAAUAAGGUGGUUACUCUUGAAAAAAUUGAAGCUAUGUGGACAGUAUUAGAAGCUUUUGGAAAUGCAGCGACUGCGAAUAAUCCAAAUGCUACUAGAUCUGUACAUUUAUAUAGCAUUGACUUAGAUCAAGGGGGACAAAUUGCAUCAAUGUCCAUUCAAAUGCAUUUUUAUGACAAAUGGAGGCUUAUUGAUCAUCCUCCUAAUGAAUUUUCUUUUCAUGUAUUUUAUUACUUACUAGCUGGUAUAGAAAAUAUUCCUGCUCUUCGUAAAGAAUUAUAUUUAGAUCAAAUCAAUGAUGACUUAAAGGGAGUCGAUAAAAGUCAAGCAGCUGUAGAGUUUACAAACCUUCAAUCCGCUCUGAUGAUUCUUGGAUUCUCAAACACUGAACUCAAGGCAAUUUAUGCAGUAUUAGCUGCUAUUAUACACCUUGGUCACACAAAAAUAGUUAAAAAAGAUAGUAUAUUUAAAGAUAAAGUACAAUGGACUUGGAGCAAUUCUGAUGCAGCAAAACGAGCUGCAAAAUGUCUUGGUGCUGGAAAUACUGAUGAUUUGUUUAGCUUAGUAUUUCCAGAUACUGAGAUAUUUAAAGAAUGUGAUAUUGGUGAUCAAUUAAAUGCUUUGAUUGUUGGACUGUAUACAGAGACAUUCAAUCUUGUAGCUUCAAUCAUUAAUCGUAAACUAGCUCCAUCCAUCCAUUCUCUUUGUUCUAUUAUAAUUCCAGAUUAUCCAGGAUAUGUUGUUAAAUCAAAGUCUGCAUUAAGCAUGUUUGAUUUUUGGAUAAAUUAUCUUCAUGAGCGAUUGUUAUCAAGUUAUCAUAACUACGCUGUGGUCACUCCAUUAGAAAAAUAUAAGAUAGAAAAAGUAGAAACAGCUGCUAGUUAUGAAGCUGAGUUUUGUGCUGAAGACCACAUGUUAAAAUUAUUUGUUGGAGCUAAGGGAGCUGUUGGUUUUGGUCGUAGUCCAUCAAUGGUAGAUUUAAAACCUGAACCAUGUCCUGGUUUAUUAAGAACUCUUGAUGAUACAGCUGGUGAUACUAAUUCAAAUGAUCAAGAUCUUAUUGCAAAAAUCCAAAACUUAACCAAUGAUAAAUCAUUUUCAAACAUUCUAAAGAACGGUAACAAACCUAAUGAAUUCACUCUAGUUCAUUUUCGUGAAACCAUUCCAAUUACAUAUAAUAUAAAUGGAUGGAUAAAUAUGUGUCGUGAUGGUAUGGCAAAGACAGCAUUAGCACUACUCCAUGAUUCAUCUAAUAUUGAUAUUUCAACUGUAUUCUCCAAAAAUCGAGGUGCUGGUCUUACAAGUACACUAGCCAUUGUAGAUGGAACUCAAUCAUUGAGACGGAUGUCUAGUAUUCGACGAGCUACAUUUGGUAGUCUUAGUACAGCAGCCACACUGAAAAGAAAAUUAACUUGUGUUCAAAUAAGAUUUGCGGUGGAUGGUCUUGUUGAAACCUUAAGGCGAACUGGACAACAUUUUAUUCAUUGUUUUAUUGCACAACAUGAAGCUGGUUUUACUAACCGUACUGAUGUUGCAGCUACUAGAGUUUUUCAUUCUGUGUAUAAACUGCAAUCAAUUACAUUGAGCCCUAACUCUAAUAAGCCAAGUCCAGAACCUGUUGAUAUACCACUUUUAAGACAACAACUGCGUGGUGCAGAUAUUUUACCCACUAUUCGGUUUUAUAAACAAGGAUUUCCAAUUUCUAUGUUUAUUGCUGAAUUUAUUCGCAAGUUUGCUGCAUUUCUACCUACUCCUUUAAAAACUGAUGAUUCAAAUAACACAAUUAAAGAUCACCGACAAUGUGUUUCUGAAAUUAUGGGCAAAGCAGAUUUAGAUGAAUCGUUGUACAAAAUUGGGAUUAAUCAAAUAUUUUUCCGUGCUAAUGUCUUACAAACUCUUGAAUCACAACGUGACGAAAAAUUAUCGGACAUCUUUACUCAGUUACAAGCUCGCUGUCGUGGAUACCUUGCUCGAAAAGACUACGCUAAACGAAAAGUAAACGAUAUCGCUGUACGGUGCAUACAGCGAAAUGUUAAAAAAUUCAUGGUCGUUAGAGAUUGGCCAUGGUGGCGACUGUUGGUUAGAAUCACGCCUUUGCUCAACGUCCACCGAACCGAAUAUGAACUUAAACAGAAAUCUGAUGAACUGGAACAAUUAAGGAAUAAAGUGGACAAGUUGGAACAGGAACGAUCGCAGUUGAAAAUGGAUAACGAUAGACUCGAACAGAGAUUGGCGGAAACAACUGCUGACUUAGCCGAAGAGCAUUCCACAGUAACUAUGGUUUCUGAGCGGUUACAGUUAGAAUCGACCGAAAGACAACGCUUGGAAAAAGAGUUACUGGAGACACAGGCUGUUAAGACCCGAAUGGCUGAAACUAAUGAACAAUUAGAAAUGCAGUUGCUGUGCAUGAGGUCCACUGAUCCUUCGUUGAUGUCAUCGUCAUCAUCUGUAGCCGGAACCAUGAGUGAUGACGAUAGUGCUGUAGCGAAUAGCGAUAAGGGUGAUCAAUAUUAUAGACGGAGAUAUGAGCGCGUUUGUCGAGAGUUGGAGUACGCUAAAAAGCGAUUACAACAACAGCAUAAUGAUGACAUGGAGCAACUAUUGGCCAUGAAAAAACAGCUUGAAAAGAAAUUGGCUGGUGUUUAUGAAGACGUAGAAGAACAACGUCAAAUUGUUGCUCAAUGGAAACGAAAAGUUAAUAAGCUAAAUUCUGAAUCAAACGAUCUUAAACUUAUGUUAGAAGAAAGUAAUUCGAGAAAUAAUUUACUGGAAAAGAAACAGAAAAAAUUCGACACAGAAUUACAUUCAUUACAAGAGGAGUUGAAGAAGGAAAAAGCUCAAAGGGAAAAAAUAACAAGAGAAAAAGACAUGGCCAUGUCGGAUAAAUUUUCAAUGGAGCAAACUUUGAGUAGUGUCAAAUUAGAGUUGGAGCUUAAAGAACAGAAAGUCGUCGGUUUGAAUCGUGAGUUACAGGAGUUGACGUUUAGCGGUAACACAGAGGAAGAAGUCGCAGCACUCAAGCGUUCAAAACAUCAACUGGAGAGUAAGCUCAAAGACCAAGAAGAAGAACUAGACGAUCUAGCUGGCCAGGUACAGUUACUGGAGCAAGUAAAAACUCGCCUGGAGAUGGGACUCGAACAAGAACGGAAGGAACAUCGACGAGAGUUGGCUCAACGCGAACAAGAGAACGAAGAAACUCGGUGUUCGGCGGCAAAGAAGAUCAAAGCGUUGGAAUGUGAGAUCGAAAACGAGCACGAAGAGAGAACGGCCCUAAUCCGAGAACGUCAUGACCUAGAGAGGCGCCUAGUCGAUUCUGAGGACAGGGAGCGAUGUCGGAGCAUGAACGACCAGGAAUCGAUUGCUCGACUUCGGCGGGAUAUAAAGAAACUCAAAGCGUUGCUUAGGGAUGCACAGACGGUACAAGAACAACGCAGUGACAGUCAAGCGAACCGCAUAGCUAUGCGGCAGUUGAGGAACCAGCUGGAGGACGCGGAGAGCGCUAGGGACUCGGCACUCAAGGCCCGGACCCUAGCCGAAACUGAUUUGGCUGAGGUGACAGCUUCGUUGGACGAAGCGCUGGCGGCUAAACGUACGGCCGAAGAGCGUGCAGCUGGCUUGGCGCGAGACAAGAAUCACCUACAGAGCCAGUUGGACGAGAACGAAGAGGAGCUGGCCGAGGUGCUGAAGAAGUACCGAGGUACGGUACAACAGCUGAGCGCCGAGCAGACCGUGCAACAAGAACAGGCGAGCCGUAUCGCUGAGUUGGACACGGACCGUGCCAACUUACAGGAGAGGCUAGCCGAGCUGACCUUCCGAUUGGACAACAUGGAGACACACGGCGACCCGGCCGGCUCGUUGAACUUGAAGCGGCUGCAGCUCCGGGUCACCGAGCUCGAGUCUAAGCUGCAACUAGAGCUGACCACCCGAACCCGGCUAGAGGUGCAGAUAGCCCGGCUAAAGGAAACCGUGGAUCGGUUGGAGACCGAACGCGAGACAGCCCAAUGCAAGGAGAACGCUGCACAGGAGGCGGUGCGCAAAAUGCAGCGGUCAUUGAGGGAGGCCCGGGAGUCGAUGGCUGAAAGGGAUUCUCGGGAAUCGGCAGAUGUGAAUCGCAAACGGGCAUUAGAAAAGCGAGCCGAACAGGCAGAGUCUGAAGUGAGCACCGUCAAGUCCGAUCUGGCUCUAGCGCUGCAGCGUAUCGACGACCUACAGGCUGCUAUGACCGGCGAUUUGGACGACGACGACGAUGAGUUCCGGUCGAGCAGUGACGAUGACGACGAUGACGGCGGAGACGGUGACAGCGACGAUUCGGUUACCACGUUUUUGGCUAGCCAGGGCGUAAGGAACACUACGCUCCUACAGCAGCAGAAAAACAUGGAUUCAAAUAAUUGAUGACUAGUAAAUUUUCUGAAGAGUUUGCACCAAAGUAUUAUUUAAAUACAAUUUUAUUAUAAAUCAUGUAUGUAAAACAGUUACUUAAUAGUUAAUUGGCACCGGCGUCCAGAUUCCGAGUAAUCACAUUUAAGAAAACAACACAAGUUGUGAAGUAUUAAUUAUGAAGAAAUUUAAAUAGUUGUAAGCCAUCAAAAUGUUGCAAUGAUUUUUUACUUACUAAAUAUUUACCAAAUUAAAUAGCGAAUUGUGUACAUAUUACAUAUAAUUUUUAA